GGCCCAUCCUCGUUUCCUUUUGACACGGCAAGCUCUCAAAAUUUCCACCUUAAUUGAACUUCCACGUGGCACUCACUAAUUGGACAUAAGCAACAAAAACUGCUUCCUGAUUGGUCCAAUUUCACAACGAACACGUAUGUUUGAAUUCCACAUCCGUUUGACAGUCUCCUCACAAAAACAAACAAACUAACACACACUCACAAACCAAAAUUCCAUCGCUCAUACAACAACGAACAAAUCCGAUGUCACAUUGAUUUUCCUGACAAUCGAAAGACAAAUCAAGAGAUUCAAAAUCUUACUAAGCAUUAAAAGAAUCAGAAAUCAACAGAUUUAGUAAACCCUAGAAAUUCGAUUUGUAUUGGAGAGAUCACGAUUCGCGCUCUCUCCCUGAUACAACAAUGGCGAUUCAAAGAACAACAACAUUGAAUUUGUUGUUUCUAUUCUUCGUUUUAUCUUACUGUAUAUUCUCCAUUGCAGCGAAGAAUUACUAUGAUGUACUGCAAGUUCCAAAAGGAGCUUCAGAAGAUCAGAUCAAAAGAGCUUAUAGGAAACUUGCAUUGAAGUAUCACCCUGAUAAGAAUCAAGGCAAUGAAGAGGCUAACAAGAAAUUUGCUGAAAUUAAUAAUGCUUAUGAAGUUUUGACAGACAGUGAGAAGAGGAAAAUUUAUGAUAGGUAUGGUGAGGAAGGUCUUAAACAAUUUGCCACAAGUGGUGGCCGAGGUGGUGGUGGUGGUGGUUUCCAGGAUAUAUUUAGCCAAUUUUUUGGAGGAGGAAUGGAGGACGAGGAAGAGAAAGUAGUGAAAGGGGAUGAUGUGAUUGUAGAUUUAGAAGCCUCAUUGGAAGAUUUGUACAUGGGAGGCACAUUGAAGGUUUGGAGGGAAAAAAAUGUCAUCAAGCCAGCAUCAGGACAAAGAAACUGCAACUGUCGUAAUGAGGUCUAUCAUCGCCAAAUAGGUCCUGGGAUGUACCAGCAGAUGACUGAACAGGUCUGCGAUAAGUGUCCAAAUGUGAAAUUUGAACGUGAAGGUUACUCUUUGACAGUAGAUAUUGAAAAGGGAAUGAAAGAUGGACAAGAAAUAACUUUCUAUGAAGAUGGGGAGCCCAAAAUUGAUGGAGAAGCAGGGGAUUUAAAGUUUCGCAUCCGUACGGCCCCCCAUGAUGUUUUCGAUAGAGAAGGCAAUGACUUGCGUACGACUGUUACUAUAACUUUGGUUCAAGCUCUUGUUGGAUUUGAGAAGACUAUCAAACACCUUGAUGAUCAUCUGGUCGACAUUGGUUCAAAGGGCAUUACAAAACCCAAGGAAGUGAGGAAGUUUAAAGGAGAAGGUAUGCCGCUGCAUUUGAGCAAUAAGAAGGGUGAUCUUUAUGUCACCUAUGAAGUUUUGUUUCCAAGUUCGUUAACCGAAGAACAGAAGACCAAAAUCAGAGAAAUUUUUGCUUGAAUUAUCGGAAAGGUUUUUUCUUUUUCUGUUCAAAGAUGUUCCAAAAUGUCCGAUGUAACUUGAUGGUUUAAAUUUUUCCUCUUCGAUAAUUUGGUUAAUACUUAUUAUGUGGUAGCUUAGGUUUUUUGUUUUAGAUAUUGCAAAUUGCAAUUCUCCUGUACUUAAAGGGUCAUCUACUUGCAACUGCAAUGGGUCAGCUAGAUAUCAACUCAAGUUGCUAAAAUACCGUUGGUGAGAAACAAUAGGAUGGUUGUAUCAUCAAUACAUAAUUGUAUUAUUUGAUUUCUGGCAGACAUUAUCAGCCUAAAACCUUGAUACUUAGGUUCUAAUUAUGCAACUAACUUUGUGUUUAUUCUUUUUCAUAUUUAUGGCUUUUUAUAGCUUAUCGGGCUACUUUACUAAGCCCAUCCCAAGUCCAAA